AUGCAGCGAACUGGAAUUGGUGGGGCUGGCGGAACAGUAGCAAGGCGGGGAGACGGUGGUGGUGCUGCUGGUGAUGGUGCUGCUGGUGCUGGUGCUGGUGCUGCUGGCAGUGGUGGUGACGGUGGCACGGGUGGUGCAAUGGGCAUUGGAGAUAGCAUUGGUUUCUUUUUGCAGGGGCAAGGCAGAGAGGGCGGCGCAGCCCUGAAGCUGUUUCGUUGGCAUGAGGCAGAGGGGCGGGAAAAGCGAGAGGGAGUGGAAGAGGGAGGGGGUUUGAGGGUGGGGCCAAGAGAAGUAGUGGGAGAGAGAUUGAGAGCGCAACUGGGAGAGGAGUCACGGGGUGAUAGGGGAAAGGCUGAGAGGUGCGGUUUUGAUGGAGACAAAGGGGCAAAGGUGGAGAGGUGGGGAGGUGAUGGGGGUGAGUUGCAACGGUGGGACCCUGGUGGGGGGGAGGAAGGCGAGGGGGUUAAAGGGGAGACGUGCGGCUUUGAUGGGGAUGGGGCGGCAACCCACCAGCUUGCGAAGCAGGUAGCGCAUCUGAACAGUGUGGUUGUGAGUAGGACACGUGGCGCCAUGGAAUUGGCGGACGACGAAGGUCUCGCCCUGACUCUGGGGGGGAGUUUCGUGGCAGGGAAAGGAAAUAUAAAGGAAGGAGAGAGGGCGUUAGUGGCAGGGCAGGGGCCUGGUGUGGAGAAGGGGAGGGGGUUGGUGGCAGGAGGAGCAACGCCAGUAGCAGGAGGAGCAACGCCAGUAGCAGGAGGAGCAACGCCAGUAGCAGGAGGAGCAACGCCAGUAGCAGGAGGAGCAACGCCAGUAGCAGGAUGGAGAGGCACUGGCACUGCCAGGGCAUCUGAAGGUUUCUCUCCUGGUUCUGCUGCUGCUGCUGCCGCCGCUGCUGCUGCUGCUGCUGCUGCUGCUGCUGCUGCUGCUGCUGCUGCUGCUGCUGCUGCUGCUGCUGCUGCUGCUGCUGCUGCUGCUGCUGCUGCUGCUGCUGCUGCUGCUGCUGCUGCUGCUGCUGCUGCUGCUGCUGCUGCUGCUGCUGCUGCUGCUGCUUGUUCUUACAUCCCGAAUGCAGUCCCGCGUGCAGCUGCUGCUGCUGCUUCUGGUGACGGCACAGCUACUGGUACAGCUGCAGAAAGGAGGUCCGAGGCGACUCCCAGCUUGGAGCAAUUUCUGCAACACUUUGACUCGAGUGCGCGCGAUGCACGACUGGGUGCGGCUCAGUUCAUUGAGUCUCCGUUCCUGGAGCACCUCAGGUGGAGCGUGCAACAGCAGCAGCAGCAGCAGCAGCAGCAGCAGCAGCAGCAGCAGCAGCAGCAGCAGCAGCAGCAGCAGCAGCAGCAGCAGCAGCAGCAGCAGCAGCAGCAGCAGCAGCAGCAGCAGCAGCAGCAGCGGGAGCAGCAGCAGCGGGAGCAGCAGCAGCGGGAGCAACAGCGGGAGGAGGAGAGAGCAGGAGCACUGCCAAGCAAACUCCACCCGCCCUCAGACUUCCCUCCAUCCACCCAGCCAUUAGCACCACCAGCAACACGAGCACCCCCUUUUGAGGGGAGCUCCGUUCCGCCAUCCUUCCCUCAUGCACUCUCCCAUGCAGGCUGGUCCAACCAGGUCCAUCUCUCUCCUCUCCUCCCAACCCCACACUCACACCACUUUCCUUCGCUCUUCCCGCCCACCGCCCGGCAUCAAUCCCCUCUUUCCUCACUCCUCCCACCCCCACUUCCACGCCAAUCCCCUCUCUCCUCGCUCUUCCCUCCCCCACCCCCACACCAAUCCCCUCUCUCCUCACACUACCCGCCCCCACCCCCACUGCCAGCACCCCUCUCCCCACGCCCCUCUCUCCCAAUCUUCCCAGAUUCCAACACUUUUUCUGCCCCGCCCCCCCCGGCACCUCUCUUCUCUCCCCCAUUCUCCCCUUCUCCCACGCGGCCAGUCCUCCAAUCUGCCCUGCCGUCAUUUGCCUCUUCUCUCCCUUCGCUCUCUCUAGGCCUUCCCUUGCCGCCCAACCCUGCUGCUUCUUCUUAUGCAUCCCCUGCUGCUGCUGCUGCUUCUGCUUCUGCUUCUGCUGCUGCGAUUGACUUGCAAGGAGUCCCACCCUUGACACCUGCUGCUGCUGCUGCUGCUGCUGCUGCGGUUGCUGCUGGUGCCAGUUCUCCGCAAGAAGAGUGGGAGAAUCAGCAUCGGGAGGAGCAGGAGGAGGAGGAGGAGGAGGAGGAGGAGGAGGAGGAGGAGGAGGAGGAGGAGGAGGAGGAGGAGGAGGAGGAGGAGGAGGAGGAGGAGGAGGAGGAGAAGCGGAACAACUGGGUGGACUCAGAGGAAGUCUAA